AUGGGCAGGAGGAGUGCCGCUCGGUGUGGAGACGGGAACGAUCCCUGCUGCCCUCCAGGCCCGCCCCUCUGCACAGCCGCGGCCGAGACCCCAGCGGUUGCCUGGGACAGCCUGAGCGCCGCCGCCUCCUCCGAGCAGCCCUCCGAGCAGCCCCCAGCUCAGCCCUGCGCCCCGGGCUGGCGCGGUCGUCUGUUGGGCUGGCGGAGCGCGCUGCCCCGCGACCUGCGGCGAGAGGUGGCCGAGAUCCUGGCGCUCGCGGGCCCGGUGUUCCUGGCACAGCUGAUGCUCUUCCUUAUUGGCAUCGUCAGCUCCAUCUUCUGUGGGCACCUGGGCAAAGCGGAGCUGGACGCCGUCAUGCUGGCUGUCUCGGUACGCCGGGUCUGCCCUGUGCGCUGCGGCGUUGUUUAUUUCUGUGUUUGUUCCCACCAGUCCUUUGGAGGCAGGAACCUGAAGCGCGUGGGGAUCAUUCUUCAGAGAGGAAUCCUCAUUCUGCUGCUGGCUUGCUUUCCUUGCUGGGCCGUCUUCGUCAACACCGAGUGUAUCCUCCUGCUGUUAAAACAGGACCCCGAAGUCUCCAGGAUCGCCCAAACCUACGUGAUGAUUUUUAUCCCUGCUCUUCCCGCAACAUUCUUGUUCCAGCUGCAGACAAGAUAUUUACAAAGUCAGGGUAUCAUCAUGCCCCAGGUCAUCACCGGAAUGGUGGCGAAUGUGAUCAACGUGGGCAUGAAUGCCUUCUUGCUGUUCCCCUUGGGUCUUGGCGUUGUAGGGUCUGCCUGGGCCAACACCACCUCCCAGUUCAUCCUGUGUACUCUUAUUUUCCUCUACAUUUGGUGGAAGAAAAUUCACAUCGCCACCUGGGGAGGUUGGACCACAGACUGCUUCCAGGAGUGGGGUGCCUACAUCCGUCUGGCUGUUCCCAGUCUGUUCAUGGUGUGCAUCGAGUGGUGGACUUUUGAGAUUGGAACCUUCCUUUCAGGACUAAUUAAUGUGACAGAGCUUGGGGCCCAAGCUGUCAUUUAUGAGCUGGUCUCAGCAUCUUACAUGGUGCCCCUUGGCUUCGGCGUGGCAGCCAAUGUCCGAGUGGGCAAUGCUCUCGGGGCAGGAAGUGUGGAGCAGGCUCGGAGCUCCUGUGUCGCUGUCCUCUUGUGUUCCAGUGCCUGUUCACUUGUCAUAGGAGUUUUACUCGCAGCUUUAAAGGAUGUGGUUGCCUACAUAUUCACCAGUGACAAAGAUAUCAUUUCCCUGGUGAGCCAAGUGAUGCCUGUUUUUGCUCCCUUUCACCUGUUCGAUGCACUAGCUGCCACCUGUGGGGGAGUCCUGAGAGGUACAGGAAAUCAGAAGAUUGGUGCUAUCUUGAAUGCCAUCGGUUACUAUGUUUUGGGUUUUCCCAUCGGAGUAUCUCUGAUGUUUGCCGCAAAACUUGGGAUCAUAGGCCUCUGGUCUGGAUUGAUGGUUUGCGUCUUCUUUCAAGGCCUUUUCUAUUUGGUGUACAUCUUCAAGACAAACUGGGAGAGAGUUGCAGAGCAGGCACAGGUUCGAGCUGGGCUAAAAAGGAGUAAAGAGACUGUACCUACACCAACAGACCUACCUACCCUGGAAAGAGAAGUAACUGGUGGAGUGAUUUUGCCUGAUAUUAUCAGACCGGAGAGCCAGACCAGCCAACUGAUGGUGCUGGAUGAACACAACCAGUAUGCAGUGCCUACCGUUGGGGAGGCUUUGACAGUGAGACAAUUGAUUUUCUACCGUGGCAUGGCAUUAGCCGUUUCUGUUACGACCUUUAUAGCAGGAAUCUUAAUACGAGUUUUCAAUGACCGUGGAUAAAAUAGAAUUAUCACUAGUCCACAAACUAGAAGUGGUUACUGUAAGCUGGGAGUUGACCUUGUUAUAUGGAUGGGGGUCUCACGCUCAGCCAUGGGUAGAAGAGAUAUCAGUGUGAGGUGUCCUUGCUUAUUAUGAGAAAUUGCACUGUCUUACUGAAGGUCAAGAGAGGAGCUAUAAUUUUAGGUAUGUUUUUUCUCAAAUGUUAUCUUUAUCAUGGUUUCUAAAUCUGUAACGUUGAUUUUCCC